AUGGACACAGACACAGGCAUGCACCAAAACCAACACAACAACCAACACAACAACCAACAGUUCAAAACACUGCACCACAACCAACAGUUCAAAAUCCAGCACCACAACCAACAGUUCAAAAUCCAGCACCACAACCAACAGUUCAAAAUCCAGCACCACAACCACAAACAGAGCAAGGACAUAAAAGAAGUAGAGAACAAGGAAACCAAGAAUUCUUAA